AGUUUAGGGCCAGCCUGGACUGCACAGGAAGACCCUGUCUCAAAAAAAGAGUCACUGAGCACUUGAUUUUGAUUGUGAAAUAUAACGAGAGAGAGACAGCGAGAGAGAGAGCUCCAAAAUCUGAGUAAAUUAUGAUUUUUAUAAGCAUACACCCUGAGUACUCCUAAAACACUACACAAACCCAAAACCUCGUUAAUAUACACAAGAUCAACCAGGGAUCCCCUUCCCUCCUGUCCGAGCGCACCGGCGCUGGACCGCGGAGCUCCGGGACGCACCGGACCUCGGGUCCAGGUGAGCACGCGCUGACCUUGUCCUCAGCAGCGCAGCCCCAAAGGAGCCGCGCAGGGGCAGCCUGGCCUCCCCUCGUCGUGGUCAUGGAGUGUUGGGAUCCGAGUGGCAGGGACAACCAGAGAGACUCUCGGCCUCCGGGUUCUGCAAGGGAAAGCACGCGGGAGGGGUAGGGUUUCUUUCCCGGUAGGAAGCGGGGGAGAGCGCAGACGGUGUGUCCUUCCUUUGGGCCAGGGCGUCCCUGUUGCUCCAUAAAUAAAGCGUCUCCCUGCCUUCUUUCUGCGCGCGCUAUAAAGGCGCGGACCUGCCGUCCCCGGCACUGGGGAGGCGCUCGCGGUCGCAGCAGGUCAUGGCAGCAGCCGGCGCGGGGUCGGAGGCGCCGCUCCCCGAGCACAGCUACGCGGUGUCGCGGCCGGUGUACAACGAGCUCCUCUUCCAGCAGCGGCACGAGCGGCGCCUGCGGGAGCGCAAAACGCUGCGGGACAGCCUGGCCCGGAGCUGCAGUUGUUCAAGAAAGCGAGCCUUUGGUGUGGUGAAGAGUCUCCUGCCGGUGCUGGACUGGCUCCCCAAGUACCGAAUCAAGGACUGGCUGCUCAGUGACAUCAUUUCCGGAGUUAGUACCGGGCUAGUGGGUACCCUGCAAGGAAUGGCAUAUGCUCUAUUAGCUGCAGUUCCUGUUCAAUAUGGUCUCUACUCUGCCUUUUUUCCUAUCCUGACAUAUUUUAUCUUUGGAACAUCAAGGCACAUCUCAGUUGGACCUUUCCCUGUGGUCAGUUUAAUGGUGGGAUCUGUUGUUCUAAGCAUGGCGCCUGAUGAACACUUUGUCACUCCCAGCAGUAACGGAAGUGCACCGAAUACAACCAUGGUAGAUACCAUCAUAAACACCGAGGCCAGAGAUGCAGAAAGAGUAUUAAUUGCAAGCACUCUUACUCUUUUGGUUGGAAUUAUACAGCUUGUGUUUGGAAGUCUGCAGAUUGGAUUCAUAGUAAGGUACUUGGCAGAUCCUCUGGUUGGUGGAUUCACAACAGCUGCUGCCUUCCAAGUGCUGGUGUCACAGCUAAAGAUCGUCCUCAACGUUUCUACCAAAAACUACAAUGGAGUCCUCUCCAUUAUCUAUACCCUGAUUGAGAUUUUCCAAAACAUUGGUAAUACCAAUCUUGCAGAUUUCAUUGCUGGAUUACUUACCAUCAUCAUCUGUAUGGCAGUUAAGGAAUUAAAUGAUCGAUUUAAACACAAAAUCCCAAUCCCUAUUCCUAUAGAAGUAAUUGUGACAAUAAUUGCCACUGCCAUUUCAUAUGGAGCCAACUUGGAAAAAAAGUAUAAUGCUGGUAUUGUUAAAUCCAUCCCAAGCGGGUUUUUGCCUCCUGUACUUCCACCUGUGACUAAGUUUUCCGAGAUGCUGACCGCAUCGUUUUCCAUUGCUGUGGUGGCUUAUGCUAUUGCAGUGUCUGUGGGGAAAGUGUAUGCCACCAAACAUGAUUACACCAUUGAUGGGAACCAGGAAUUCAUUGCCUUUGGGAUCAGCAACAUCUUUUCUGGAUUCUUCUCUUGUUUUGUGGCCACCACUGCCCUUUCCCGCACAGCUGUCCAGGAGAGCACCGGGGGCAAGACACAGAUUGCUGGCAUCAUUUCGGCUGGGAUUGUACUGAUUGCCAUUGUUGCCCUGGGGAAGCUUCUGGAACCUUUGCAGAAGUCCGUUUUGGCAGCAGUUGUAAUUGCCAACUUGAAAGGGAUGUUCAUGCAGGUGUGCGAUGUUCCUCGUCUGUGGCGGCAGAACAAGAUGGAUGCUGUUACCUGGGUGUUUACAUGCAUAAUGUCUAUCAUUUUGGGGCUGGACCUGGGUCUGCUGGCUGGCCUUUUAUUUGGACUAUUGACGGUGGUCCUGAGAGUUCAGUUUCCUGCAUGGAAUGACCUCGGAAACAUCCCUAGCACGGACAUCUAUAAAAGUAUCAAGAAUUACAAAAAUAUUGAAGAACUUCAAGGAGUGAAGAUUGUUAGAUUUUCUGGUCCUAUUUUUUAUGGCAAUGUUGAUGGUUUUAAAAAAUGUAUCAAGUCCACAGUUGGAUUUGAUGCCAUUAGAGUAUAUAACAAGCGGCUGAAAGCACUGAGGAGAAUACAGAAGCUCAUCAAAAAAGGUCAAUUAAAGGCAACAAAGAAUGGGAUCAUAAGCGAUGGUGGUUCAUUGAAUAAUGCUUUUGAGGCUGAUGAAGACAUUGAAGAUCCGAAAGACCUUGAUAUCCCCACCAAGGAAAUUGAGUUUCAAGUGGACUGGAACUCUGAGCUUCCAGUCAAAGUGAAUGUUCCCAAAGUGUCCAUCCAUAGCCUUGUGCUUGACUGUGGAGCUGUAUCCUUCCUGGAUGUUGUCGGAGUGAGGUCUUUGCGCAUGAUUGUUAAAGAAUUCCAAAGAAUUGAUGUGAAUGUGUACUUUGCAUCACUUCAAGACCAUGUUAUCAAGCAGAUGGAGCAGUGUGGUUUCUUUGACGAUAACAAUAGAAAGGACACAUUAUUUUUGACUAUUCACGAUGUCAUAGUGUAUCUACAGAACCAAGUUAAAGCCCAAGAAGGUCAAGACUCCAUUUUAGAAAUGAUCACCCUCAUUCAAGAAUGCAAAGAUCCACUUGAAUUAAUGGAAGAAAAGAUGCCUCAGGAAGAACUCGAUGUCCAGGAAGAGGCUAUGCGGAGUCUGGCUUCCUAGAUGUGGACUCAGGUCACUGCAAGCAAGGACUGCAAGACAAAAUUCACCCACUGAUGACACCCUGUGCAAACACUUUCUGCACUGACUAUUUCUUUGGACUUGAAAUGCUCAUGCUCUUCCUAUUAGAUUUUAAAAUCUUUGAGCUUUUACAUGUCUUAGCCAUUGAACAAAAAAGCGUUAAGAUUAUUUUCAUACUUUAUUUAUAAAAUCAAUAGCUUACCUCUAAAGUAUGCAAAAUAGUGAAGAGAAUUACCCAGGCAAAUUAGCAAUGUGCGGGAUCUUAUAAGGAUGUUAUAAUAUGUGGCUGGCCCCCCAAAGGCAGAUUUGCUGUGUUCAUGAGGAUACUGGGGUGUCUCUGUUCAAUUGCAAGAAGUGGUGCCUGAGAGCCUCCAUGGACAGGUGAGCCAGGAAGGAUUUAUGACAGAAAAAAUCAGUUUCUGACUGACCUUGAUAUCCAUGAGCCACUGUCACAGUGUAAGACCACACUUAGUGAAUGCUGAAAUAGUUAUUAAUGCACUUACCAAUAAAAACCUUUAGUCACUUUUGGUAAAAAAGGCAGUUUUAAGAAUAUAAGUUCAGGGGCUGGGGAUUUAGCUCAGCGGCACAGCGCCCUGCCUGGCAAGCGCAAGGUCGUGAGUUCAGUUCCCGGUACUGGAAAAAAACAAAACAACAACAACAACAAAAAGAAUGUAAGUUUAAUUAAUGUUUAAUAAUGAGGUGUUGAUUAGCCUCAUUGAUGAUAGCACAAGCUUACAAUCUCAACAAGGGGGGCUGACGCAGGAGGACCUCAAGUUCAAGGCCAGCCUGGGCAAAUUAGCAACUUAGUGAGAUCCUGUUUCAAAAUACUGAAGUGUUGUUAUAUGUAACCAGAUGUAUAACCAGAAUUCAGGGUCUCUGAUGUUGGAAAUGGUUAAAUUAAAAGCUAUAUAGAACUGGACUGAUACAUAGUUUUAAAAACAUUGAUGCAGACAAGUGAGGCAGAUAAAGAGAUUCUCAUGGUUUAUAGAAAUAAAUUUUCAAUGUGAUAAUCAUGGAUUACAAUGAAAAGAAAAUAUGAUGGACUAGCUUGAAAAUGCAGCUUAAAUUUAUCUUAGUCUACAGAAAUGAUCAUUGUGUGAAGGUAUAUAUCGUAUGGUCUAUUUAACAUCUAACAUGAAAACUGCUGUGUUGAGCAAAAAUAAUUUCAAUAUAGGACCAUGGGUAAUGAAAAUGAGCUGACAUUUUUCCUAAAUAUUUAGCAGUAAGAUAAAUAAUUCUUAACUGAAUUCUGACUUUCAAAAAAAUCUAAAACAUAAAUUGUGUAUAGUAGUCUGUAUUUAAAAUAAGCUUUGAAAGACAAAACUUUCUAAAUGAACUUAGUAUCAAGAGAAAAAUUUGGUUUGGAAUAUACACAUUGCAAAUAUAUACUUACAGAAAUCAUAUUUUAAGCAAAAAAUUAAUUUUAUACCUUAUCUUUACUUCUUUCAGAGUGCCAACAAUUUUUACGUAUUUUGUAAUAUAUAUGUUUAUUCCCAUAUAGUUAAUGUGAAAUUGUAUUUCAUUUCUACAGAAAAAUAAGUACCCAGGUCCUUAGGUGAGACGGUGUCUGCUUUAUUGUGACUCAUAUGUCCCUUUGGCACAGGUGUGCGAAAUCCUGAAAUGUAUUUGGCUACCUGAGGUUAUAAUGUCUUAUUUUGGGUUUCUUCUUAAAUAUAAUCAGAAACUAUGCAUCCACUUCUGAAGGAAGACAAUUAGUGAUUAUAUCAAGUUAAUUGAUCCUGAAUUCUGAUUAUAUCUGUUCAUGGCCCAACCAGGAUUAAAAUGCCAUUUUAUUUUCAUAGUGAUAUCUGCUUAUAAUAGCAACAGAUCAUAUCUUCAAAGAGUGAAUAUAAUAAUAGUCUUAUAGAAAAAAAAAGAAAGUAGAUGAAUACCUCUGUUCAGAAGAGGAAAUAUGCAGUGUUUAUUUUUUUUAAAAUUGAAUUAUCGAAGUUCCCUUUUUCAAUAAGAUGGAGCUUUAUAGACUCUUGUGUCCAUUGUGACUACAGAAGACCAUAGUUUGACUUGUUUCACAUGUACACUAGGAAUACUCUUUCUCUGAUAUGUUCUGUGAAUAGUAAGUAUACUUUUAAUUCUGUAUUAUCUGUGAAGCUUUACUUGAAAUUAAAGCUGCUUUUGUUAUUUUUUUUAACCUAUAGGAUAAGAUUGUGGUAUAUGAAUUUCAAUAGCAAGUAAAAAAAUAAAAUCACGUACAUGUGGGAAUAUUUACACAUACUUUUAAACAAAUGUAAAGUUGCCUUUUAAGCUAUGCUUAGGUGUGCCCUCCCUGAGAAAGGUAGCAAAUGUAUGGAAAAUCCUACAUUCUAAAUUUGCCAUUACUUUUGUUAGUCACCAUUUUUUUUUUUUUUUUUUUUUUUUUUUUU